AUGAUCGCUGUUCCUGCAGCUUGUGACUCAUUGGCACACGCUCACAUCCUGACUCAUAUGACCGGAGCCAUCCAUGUGGGAGAYCGUAUCCURGCUAUCAACAGUGUCAGUCUGAAGGGYAAGCCGCUCAGCGAGGCCAUUCACCUACUACAGAUGGCCGGGGAGACRGUCACACUCAAGAUCAAAAAACAGGUCGACGUAGGAGACGAGAAGAAGAAGGAUGGAGAGAUGGAGAAUGAUUUGAGUGACACAGAAGACAUAUCAGACAUGACAGACUCUCAGAAGACCAACAAGCUGUCAGAGAUYUACUCCACCACCAUACCCAGUGUGGACUCUGCCAUGGAGUCCUGGGAUGGAUCCGGCAUCGAYGCCGGCUACGGAAGCCAAGGAACCUAUAUCCACCAGGCAGCAGGCAUUGCCCUGCACCCCCAUGAGUGGAGGAGUGCCAAGCAAAGGAACAGCCCCCCACCCCCGGCCCGCCGUAGUAAGAACUACCCUUUUAGUGAUGGGGGAUUCAGUGAAGACGACUGGGACAAACCGUCAGGAUACACCAGCCAGCCUCAUAGUGACGGCAUCACGCUAGACCACGAGGACAGUUUCUGGUGUCAGGCACUGGAAGACUUGGAGACCUGUGGACAGUCUGAGCUGCUCAGAGAGAUAGAGGCAUCCAUCAUGACGGGCAGUGCCAUCAGUAUUGGGGUGGAUGGUAACAGGUUCCCCAUGCCGUCCUCCCACCCUGGGGACCCUUGUCAGGCCAGCCCCGCGUCAGCCCUCUACGGAGGAGCUCCUCCUGCACCACGAUGCCAAGACCCAACCUGCACCAGGAGGUCCACCUCCACCAGGAAGGCCCAUCUACCCCCGGAGGCCCAGCUCCUGCACCACGAGGCCAGGACUCAGUUGCAUCAUGAGGCCAAGGCAAGAACACACUCCGGUGUCUGAGACAGACCUGGAGUCCCGCAGAAUCAAGGAGGAGAUGCAGGAGAUCCUGUCCCCGACCCCUCUUGAGCUACACAAGGUGACGGUGAUGAAGGAUCCAGAGAGCGAUGACUUCGGCUUCAGCGUAUCCGACAGGGUUCCUAGAGAAAGGUGUUUAUGUCAACAUGAUCCGUCCCGAGGGCCCGGCAGACCGUGCAGGCUGAAA